CGGGACUAGAGAGAGAGGCAGUCGAAGAGACGCCACCGCGUGGUGGGUACGCCCUGUCUCUUUGGAUACGCGAUACUUCAGGAGUCGAAUCCUCCGAGGCAGAGGUACUGAGAUAUUCCUCCCUGGUGGUGGUGGUGGUGGUGAAGGAUCCCUUUCUUCGGGGUAUGGCACUGACCCGCGAAGGUACCUGUGACUGCAGCCGGUUGCGAUACUGCGGCUGAGUAGUCGAGUAGGGAGUGGGGCCAAGGAUCCCAAUGCGUGUCUUCGGCGAGCGUAAAGAGGACGAAGCGACAGGACUGGAGAAGGCUGUUGAAGGAUUGGGCGAACGACGUCCGAUCGUUGCUGCUCUUCCCGCCUUGGACGAGGGAAUUCUGCCGUCGCUUUCACUAUUUGGCACCUCAGACAUGCUCUCGCUCGUCUGCGGACUCCGACCACCGCCACCGCCACCCGCUUGCUGAACAGGCUGAGGUCCCCGCAAAGCGGAUUUUAAUAUCGGCCGAGGCUGCCUCAUCGCCG